GCUUGCUCUCCGUCAUGGUUCCACAAGUUAGGCAGUGCUAGACCCGGCAUCAACUCAGUUGAGCUAUCAAGAUGAUUAUGUAUAAGAAGGCGAGAGCGAGGUGUUUAGAGUAAGAACUCACACCUAAUCUAGCUUACUCUCAACGUAGUCUAUCAAUAUACCCUUCAAGAUGAGAUCAGCUCUGCUUUACGGCCUUCUGGGCGCCUCUAUUUUGGCCGAUGCCCACCCGUCCCCCAAGUACAAGCACCAUAAAGGCGUCCAGCGCAGAACUGUGGAUGUGAACUCUAUGAGAGUCAAGACCACCUCUCAAUAUGUCAACCACAAGUCUGCCAAGGCUGAUCAGUCGUUAAAACUCUUGAAACGUUCGACUUACGUUGAGACCGCCACCGAACUUGUCAAGAAGGUUGCUCCUAACGCUGAAUUUCGAGUCGCGAAGGACCACUAUGUUGGAACCAACGGUGUUGCCCAUGUCUAUUUCCGCCAGACAGUCAACGGUCUCGAUGUCGGUAAUGCUAACUUCAACGUUAACAUCGGACCCGAUGGCAGCAUUCUCUCUUACGGACACUCGUUUUACAAUGGCGAGCUCCCCAAGGAGAACCCUAUCCACAAGCGAGAGUUUACUAGCCCUAUCGCGGCUCUCGAAGGAGCUAUGAAGGUCCUUGGUCUACCCAUGACCAAGAAUAAGAUAACCAUUGAGGCUCUAGAUGAUCUUGAGUCGUUCGUCCUCAAGGGCACCUCUGGUGCUGUCAGCGACCCCACUGCCCGCUUAACCUACCUAGUGAAGCCAGAUGGAAAGCUUGCUUUGACAUGGAAGGUGGAGACGAACCUCCGUACUUCCUGGUUACACUCCUAUAUGGAUGCGUCCAAUGGCUCAGAGAUUCACGGCUUGAUCGACUGGGUUUGGUCCGCCACCUAUAAAGUUUUCCCCUGGGAUGUAGAUGACCCUCAGAGCGGAAAGCGCCAAGUCCUCACCGACCCUUGGGAGUUGGCGGCUUCCGAGUUCACUUGGCAAUCCGACGGAGAGCAGAAUUACACCGUCACCCAGGGCAACAACGGAAUGGCCUACCAGGACUGGUCUGGUGAAACCACCGACCUGUACCAGCCCAACAGCUCGGAUCUUGAGUUUGAGUACGACCUCAGGCUGAAUGAGAGCGACCCCAAUGCCUAUAGGGACGCUUCUCUCACCCAGCUAUGGUACACAGCCAACUACUACCAUGAUAUCCUCUACGACCUAGGUUUCAAUGAGGAGGCUGGCAACUUCCAGGCCAACAACAAUGGCAAGGGCGGAAAGGACAAUGACGCCGUCAUCCUCUCUGCUCAAGACACUUAUGGCACAGACAACGCUCUGUUUGUGCCACCUCCUGAUGGACAGAACGGUAUCAUGUUGAUGUUGCUAUGGACUCAAUCCAACCCUCGACGUGACUGCACUUUCGAGAAGGACGUUGUUGUCCACGAGUACACUCACGGUCUAUCCACCCGGCUGACUGGUGGCCCUGACAACUCGGACUGUCUCUCUGACGGUGAAGCCUCCGGAAUGGGAGAAGGUUGGAGUGAUUUCUACGCCAUUGCCAAUGCCCUCAAGGAUGAAUGGACCCGGGACACUCCUGUGGGCAUCGGUGCCUGGGUUUAUAACGACCCCAACGGCCUGCGCAGCGUCCCCUACACCUCCGACAUGGAGGCGAACCCCAACACCUACGCCACACUGAAUGGCCUUAACGAGGAGCAUGACAUCGGCGAGACCUGGACUACCGUCCUAUGGGAGGUGUUCUGGAACCUCGUCGACAAGCACGGCCGCAACACCGGCCCCAAGCCCGUCUUCAACGAGAGCGGUAUCCCCGCCGACGGCAACUUCCUCACCCAGAAGAUCGUCAUGGACGGCAUGGCUCUUCAACCCUGCAACCCUACCUUCGUCUCAGCCCGUGACGCCAUCCUCGACGCCGACGAGGCCCUCACUGGUGGUGACAACGCCUGCGAGAUUUGGACUGCUUUCGCCAAGCGCGGUCUCGGCGAGGGUGCUGUGUACGACGAGACUGACAGGACCGUCAGCUUCGAUAUUCCUGAAGGAGUGUGCUAGAUUUAUGAUACAGAGAGCGUUUUUCUCAGAAGAGUUGAAAAGACGCUUCUGAUCAGACUUGUGACUUUUAAUGUAUAUAUAUGUGUACAAUGAUGGGCUGCUCUGCUUAGAGGGCCGGAUGUACUUGAUUGUAUAUGAAUUAGAUACCUGGCUCAUGUCAAAAUGAAUGAAAACUUAGCAAGUUAAA